UCUGAGCGAGGGCAGCAUUGUCUGGUUUUUGCCUGAUUUUUGGGGUAAUUGCUGCGGAGGAAGAAGAAGAAGCAGCAGCAGCAGAAACAGGAAUUGGAGACGAAGACGAUUGGGAAGACGAAGGGAACGAAGGCAAAGACGAAGAAGAUCAGAUUAAUGAAGGUUGUUGAGCGAGAGAGACAGAGAUCGUGAACGAUAGAAGUGGAGAGACGGCAAAAGCGGCCACCAAUUGGCCACUGGAUGAUCAUAAACACGAAGAUUGGGAGACGAAGGGGGGCGUGUAGCUGAGAGAGAGAGCGAGAAGAGAGUGGGAAGCAUGGCAGCACCCAACUUGGAGGAUGUUGGGUCCGCUGCCCUGUUCGCUGAGAUGCUGCGCCGCUUCAAGUGUGCCACCAAAGGAGAGAAGCGCAUCAUUCUUGUGGGUCCCCCAGGGUGUGGAAAGGGGACGCAAUCGCCGUUCAUUAAGGAGGAGUAUUGCCUUUGUCAUCUGGCUACUGGUGACAUGCUUCGCAAUGCAGCUAUUAAAGGAACACCCUUAGGACUGGAGGUCAAAGCGGCCAUGGAAUCAGGGAAACUUGUUUCUGAUGAUCUAGUAGUAGGUAUUAUUGAUGAUGCAUUGAAAAGGCCUGCUUGCGAGAAGGGUUUCAUCUUAGACGGCUUCCCGCGCACGGUUGUCCAAGCUGAAAAGUUGGAUGCUAUGCUUGCGAGACAAAAUCAGCAAAUUGAUAGAGUGCUGAAUUUCGCUAUUCCGGACGCGGUACUUGUGGAGCGAGUCACAGGGAGGUGGGUACAUCCACCCAGUGGUCGCUCUUAUCACACCAAGUUUGCUGCACCAAAAGUUCCUGGUCGAGACGAUAUUACAGGAGAGCCAUUGAUACAGCGCAAAGACGACAACAUCAACACGCUCAAGAGCAGGCUUGAGGCAUUUCACAAACAAACUAGCCCUGUCAUUGAAUAUUAUACAAGGAAGCAUAAAGUGACAACUUUGACAGCUGAUUCCUCAUUCAGUGAAGUUUCAAGACAAAUUGAGAGUGCCCUUCAGUAACUAAAUACUGUUACUUUAUUGGAACUAUUGAUUGCUUUGUGUUAUUUAGCAUUAAAAAUAUAAUUUACAAAAUAAAACUACGCAUAAGUUACUUUUUAAAUUGUAGUGAAAUUAUUUCCAAAAGUAAUAAAAAUCGAUCAUUUUUUUUAUUA